GUUCUGGGUGAGGGGGAGGGACAGGGCAAAGCUCUCUGCUGAGCAUGCUGCUGCCUGAGUUACAUUCACCAAUGCCUCCAGAGCAGCUCACUGGCUGCAUCCUUUUCCUCACAUUGCUUCAUCUGUCUGGGCUAGUUGAAGCAGUCACAAGGACAUACUAUAUUGGGAUUGUGGAAGAACUCUGGGAUUAUGUACCCCAAGGGAAGAAUGUUAUUACAGGAAAAAGUUUCUCUGAAGACAAGCUUGCCACUCUAUUUCUUGAAAGAGGACCCAACAGGAUUGGAAAUGUUUACAAAAAGGCUAUUUACAGGCAGUACACAGAUGAAACCUAUUCCAAGGAAAUCCCCAAACCUCCCUGGCUUGGAUUCCUAGGCCCCAUAUUGAGGGCUGAAGUGGAUGAUGUGAUUGUCAUUCAUCUAAAGAACUUUGCUUCUCGACCCUACUCUCUGCAUCCACAUGGAGUUUUCUAUACAAAAGAUUCAGAAGGAGCUCUAUAUCCUGAUGGAACAUCUGGAAAAAAUAAGUUUGAUGACAUGGUUGCUCCUGGUAAAAAUUAUACCUAUGUCUGGCCUGCAAGGGAAGAAUAUGCCCCUGCUUUUGCAGAUGCCAACUGUCUGACCUGGGUUUACCAUUCUCACAUUGAUGCACCAAAGGACAUAUGCUCUGGGUUAAUAGGACCACUACUGGUUUGUAAAAAAGGAAUUCUGACUAAUAAUCCAGCAAUCAGAACUGAUGUCAAUAAAGAAUUUAUAGUGAUGUUCACACUGGUUGAUGAAAAUCAAAGCUGGUACCUGGAUGAAAACAUCAGGAAUUUCUGCACUGCCCCUGGUACCGUUGACAAGGGUGAUGCUGUUUUCCAGAGAAGUAACAAAAUGCAUGCUCUUAAUGGCUAUCUUUUUGGAAACUUCCCUGAGCCGGAGAUAUGUACAGGAGACUCUGUGUCCUGGCACUUAUUUGGAAUGGGGAAUGAGAUUGACAUCCACUCCAUCUACUUUUAUGGGAACACCUUCCUCAGCCGAGGACAUCGGACUGAUACUGUCAACCUGUUCCCGGCCACCUUCCUUACCUUAGAAAUGAUAGCUGAGAAUGCUGGGAAGUGGAUGAUCACUUGCCAAGUCAGUGACCACCUGCAAGCGGGUAUGCUGGGACAAUAUAAUGUCAGAACAUGCACAAAUGAUAUUUAUCAACCCACACUGAAAGGCCGGGAGAGAAGUUACUUUAUUGCUGCAGAAAAAGUUCUUUGGAACUAUGGUCCUCAGGGCUACAAUAAGUACAGUGGCCUGCCCUUGAAUGCCACUGGCAGUGAAUCUGAACCUUUCUUCACACAAGGGGAAACUAGGAUAGGAGGAAAAUACUGGAAAGUUCAGUAUGUGGAGUAUAUUGAUGCAACUUUUACCAGAAGAAAGAGCCGGUCUGAGGCAGAAAGCCAUCUUGGAAUACUUGGCCCAGUCAUCAAAGCUGAGGUGGGUGAUACAAUAACAGUGACUUUUGCCAACAAAGCAGACAGGGUCUAUAGCUUUUUGCCCCAUGGUGUGUUCUACAACAAGGCAUCUGACGCGGCACCAAACCUUGAUGGGUUUCAGAAGAUGGGAGCCCAUGUAAAACCAGGUGACAAAUUUACAUACAGGUGGAUGGUGCCUGAAAGUGUAAGCCCAACAGUUGAUGAUCCCUCCUGUUUGACAUAUAUGUACUUCUCAGCAGUGGAUCCAAUCAAAGACACUAGUUCUGGUCUAGUGGGGCCAUUGUUGAUCUGUAAAAGGAACACUCUAAAAGAUGAUGGAACACAGAAAGGAAUAGACAAAGAAUUCUACCUACUCUUCACAGUCUUUGAUGAGAAUCUGAGCCAGUACCUGGAUGAAAACAUUCGGAAGUUUACCUGGCGUCCCUUUGGUGUUGACAAAGAGGAUAAAGACUUUGUGAAAUCCAACCGAAUGCAUGCUAUAAAUGGUUACAUGUUUGGCAAUCAGCCGGGCCUGGAUAUGUGCAAAGGCGAUAAAGUUUCCUGGCAUAUGAUUGGAAUGGGUACUGACACAGAUAUGCAUGGAGUUUAUUUUCCAGGGAAUACUAUUCAUCGGAGAGGGACUCACAAGGAUACUUUGGCCCUAUUUCCACAUAUGGCCACGACAGCAUUUAUGCAGCCAGAUCGUGCAGGCAUUUUUAAGGUUUUUUGUAGCACAAUGGAUCACUUUACAAGAGGUAUGAAACAAAUGUAUGAAGUCAGUGGCUGUGGCAACAUGGCAGUUUUGGAGAAGCCCUAUGGAAUGAUAAGGACUUUCUACAUUGCUGCCGAAGAGCUGGAAUGGGAUUAUGCACCUAACAAAAAUUGGGAGACUGAAAAACAUCACUUGGAUGCAGGAGGAGAAAGACAUGGGGACAUAUUUAUGAAUCGUACUGAAAACUGGAUAGGCUCUCAGUACAAGAAGGCAAUUUAUAGGGAGUACACCAAUGCAGAGUUUGUGGAGAUCAAAGCCCGUUCCCCUCGGGAACAGCAUUUGGAAAUUCUGGGCCCAUUGAUUCGUGCAGAAGUCGGUGACACCAUCCUUAUUGUAUUUAAGAACAAAGCUACCAGACCCUACUCCAUAUCAGCCCAUGGUGUAGAAGAUGUGAUUAGUGGGGAAAAAUUUGCAGUGCCAAUCACAAUGCCAGGAGAAGUAAAAACAUACCAGUGGAAUAUCCCUAAAAGAUCUGGGCCAGGACCCUCUGACCCAAAUUGUAUCCCUUGGGCCUACUACUCAACAGCAAAUUUUGUGAAGGAUACGUACAGCGGUUUGAUGGGUCCUUUGAUAACUUGUAGAGAAGGAGUGCUGAAUGAAAAGGGACUAAGAAGUGAUAUUGACUAUGAAUUUGCCCUUCUGUUUUUGGUGUUUAAUGAAAACAAAUCCUGGUAUCUGGAUGAAAAUAUCAAAAAGUAUCUCAAUAAGGAUCCCCGAAAAUUUAAGCACACAGACGAUUUUGUGGAAAGCAACAAAAUGCAUGCGAUUAAUGGGAAGAUCUUUGGAAAUCUCCAUGGUUUAAUAAUGAAUGAAAAUACGAUGACAAACUGGUACCUUCUGGGAAUAGGAAAUGAAAUUGACAUACAUACCGUCCAUUUUCAUGCAGAAAGUUUUCUCUUCAAGUCGGAUAAAUCUUUUCGUGAAGAUGUGUAUGACCUCUUUCCUGGGACCUUUCAGACCAUUGAACUGAUUGCAGAUCAUCCAGGAACAUGGCUCUUGCACUGUCACGUAACUGACCAUAUCCACGCGGGCAUGGAAACAACAUACACUGUUUUCAGGAACUUAGACAACAGGAUUCCUUAUUCCACUAAGACCUCUCCUAAAAAAGAACCAGUCUCUCCCACUGCGCCUACUGAUGGAAUCGAUAAGGAAAAUAUACAUUUCUUCGGCAAAGAUCUGGCUCCCAGAGCAGCAAAGGCAGCUUUAGUCAUCCUUUUUACCAUCGGCCUCCUCCUCUCCCUAGUGGUCAUAGCUCUCUUCCUCAUUCUCCGAUCUCUGAGAAACCGAAUGGCUUACCGAGCCAUUCAGACCUGUGCACUUCCCACUGAUGCUUUGUAAGCCUGCCCUCCCUCAGCUAGCAUGCAGAAUAAGGGGUCAAGCUUCACCCCUAGAUGGGGGAAAAGCCAGAGCAACAAGAUUAUAUAAGGCAAAGUUUACAAUAACAAAAUAGAUCUGCGUCCUAGACCAGGCUUGUGACUCCCUCAAAAUAUAACUCAAAGCAAUCUGCUUUUAUCUUUUGAAAUGGGCUAUGAUUAAUUCUCAGGGAUAAACACAUACACACACACACACACACACAGAUACACAAAAUAUUAACUCACCUGAGAAAAGUCCACUCCAAGGCUGUCCUCUAAGUGAGGAUGCCUGAAGGACACUUGGAAAGAUGUUUUCGUUUUCUAUUUUUCCUGUUCUAAAGAUCAAGCUUCCUAGCUGACCAUCAAACUUAGUUCCUAGGUGAUUAACAACACAUACAAAGUACCAGGAAGCAUUGUAGCAAUCCAAUGAGAUGGUCCUAAUUUUUCCCAUACCCAAACAGACUGUUUCCUAAGGUAUUCAAGCAAAGUCACUACCUACUGAAUCUGUAAAUUUUUUUAGAAAAAGCAUCUGCUGGCAGAAUAUGACCAAAUAAUGAAUAUUUUUUGCUCACUAAACCAGUGCUCCUAAUCUUUCUUUUUCUUCUAUUAUACCAACAGGCUCUGCACUGGUUAGUUACCAAAAGUAAGGUUAUCAAGGUUUUUUGUUUUGUUUUGUUUUUAAACGUUGCUGCUUGCUUCAUGCAAACUUUUAGUGAUACUUGAAGGUUAACAAACUUACUCAAUUCUAGAUGUUUUGACAAUACAUUUCUGUAGCAAGGUUUAUAUUUUUUUUAAAUCAACUUCAUAUUUAUACUUAGAAAACUAGGAUUUUUAGAAUCUGUGAAAUAAUAGGCCAGGUCCUCCCACUGUUGAGUCUGGCCUCCAUGUGCAGCAAAACGUAGAGGGCUUCAAUCAAACUGCAGAGGGAAUUUUAGAAGUGGAGGGUUGCUGCCCAGCAAAGGAGUUCAGUACUAAAUAUUUGAGUCUGAUUUUCCAUUCAAUUUAGGUCAUCAUUCCAAAGCUGCAUCUUCUAUUUUAAACAAAAUAGUAUGAGAAACACUAUAAGGCAAUUCAUCUAUGUGACUGACCUCUUACAAACCAUAGGUUUCAUACUUUUUUAAGACUUGAGGCUUUUUUGUGGGGAGGUGGCAAAAAGAAGAGAUGAGAGGAAGCAAAAAGGAGAAGAGCGUUUCUAGAAAGAAAGUACUUCCUAAAAGUACUUUCUAAAAUAAUUCAUUUUUUCACUUUUAAAAGCUUUUAUUUAAACAGCCUUGUAGAUUAGCAUUGAAAUUUAUAGACCCAACUAGCUUCCUAACUAAUUGAACAGUCCCUGUCCCUUAUUCCCCAUCACUAGGGAAUAAAUAAGACAGAUAAAAGCAAUAUUCUUUACCACUAGGCUAACAAAUCAUUACUGACUGAGGGUAAGAAACCCAUGGCAAAGUAGUUAAGUGUACUGGUAGCAUAUCUAAGUUAAGGUAGAUCAAGCAAAUGUGGGGGUAACUAAGGAAUACUUAAAUAUAAAUCUUGGUGGAGGGAUCUUUUAUGCAUAUUCUUUUGCAUCUAGGGGUUAGGGUUAGAAGCAGAGAGAAGGGUAAUUUAAUAUAGUUAUAAUAACACCAAAAAGCUUAACAGUACCUGAAUAACUAUGAGCUCUGUUCUUGACUAAAUGAAUAUCUAAUGACAAUCAGGGAACCUCAAUUAUCCUCAUCUCAGUACUACUUAAUCAAGAGCAAAAAAAAAUGAUAUAGUGUAUUCCGAUAAGUAAUGUGAUAGCAUGGUGUUCACAAGCAAAUUAUAUGAAUGCAGUGAAAUUACUUAACAGUGGAAAUUAUAAUAAUUCCAAUAAUAAAUGUCUUUUUUUGUGUGUAA